AUGCCAUCCAAGCCCGCCUCUGCGUCUGCUUCUGCAGAGUCCGGAAAGUCGACGGCCACAGAGCGCCUCUCACAAGUUGCCGGCCAUGUAGCGGGCAGUCAGGACACUUCUCCACCAGAAUCCGAGACAAGGGGAAAAGGCCGUCGUCGGUCAAAGUCGUCAAGGACGGCCGGUCCUCCAGCCGACUACUCGGAUGUACUUGGGAACCUGCAAAAGCUGCGCACCAUUGCGCACACGCCUGACGUCAACAACAGAGGCUACGUGAGGCAGAAGAGUGAGGGCAAACUGUGGGUGCGGGAGCGGCUGGACCAGCUGCUCGACAAAGACUCGUUCCGGGAGAUAGGCAGUGCUAGUGGUUUCGUUGAAUGGAGGCAGACGGGACCGAGAGAUGAGGAGCCGGUAGGGUUUACUCCGACGAACAACCUUCAAGGAUUCGGACUCCUGGGCGGCAGGAAGAUCAUCUUGACGGCGGACGACUAUUCCAUCCGAGCUGGCCACGCGGAUGGAGCCAUCUCCGACAAAACAGUAUACACCGAGAAACUUGCCAUAGCGCUGCACCUGCCCAUCAUCAAAUUGACAGACGGAUCUUCAGGCGGUGGCUCGGUGACUAGCAUCAAGAAAUUCGGAUGGUCGUAUGUUCCAGGCGUGCCGGGGUUCAUUGAGGCCAUCAACGGACUCAACAUGGGAAUUCCAAACCUGGCGGCCGUCCUCGGUCCAGCAAUUGGCAUCGGCGCAGCGCGUGCCGUGGCAUGCCAUUUCUCCGUCAUGGCGGGCGACAUAGGAAGCCUAUUCAAUGCCGGGCCGCAGGUGGUCGAGCUGGCCACGUUUGAAGAAGGCCUGAGUUUGCGCGACCUAGGCGGGCCGGCAAUCCACUGCACCAACGGCACCAUCGACAACCUGGCCGCCAAUGAAGCCGAGUGUUUCGACCAGCUCAGAACUGUACUCUCGUUCCUGCCCGACUGUGGACACUCGAAGCUGCCACCCAUCAUUCAAAGCAGAGAUCCGAUCUCCCGAACCAACGAAGAGUUGAGGACGAUCAUCCCGCGCAAGAAGACGCGCAUGUACGAUGCGAAAGCGAUCAUCCGCAUCGUCGUUGACAGAGGCUCCUGGUUCGAGAUCGGUGCUUUGUGGGGGAGAACAGCCAUUGUCGGCCUCGCCAGGCUGGGCGGACACCCUGUCGGCGUCAUCUCUCUGAACUGCGAAGUCAAUGCGGGAGCCCUGGAUGCGGGAGGGGCGCAGAAGAUCACCCGCCAUCUGAAGCUGUGCGAUGUCAUGAAUUUGCCGGUUGUUCAGUUCGUCGAUGUUCCAGGGUAUGCUAUCGGGACGGUGGCCGAGAAACAAGCAACCAUGCGCUGGGGCGUCGAGCUCGCAAAAGCCUAUCUCUCCACCACAGUGCCGCUCUUCAACAUCUUGACUCGUCGCGUCUACGGUGUCGCGGGCGGCGUCAUGGUUGCGUGUCGUGAUCCCAUGAUGCGCGUGGCCUGGCCGAGCGGUGAGUGGGGAAGUCUGCCCCUCGACGGCGGCAUCGAAGUCGGCCAUCGCUGGCAGUUGAAACAGGCCGAGGCCGAGGCGGAGGGGAAGAAGCAGGAGCUGUAUACCCGGCUCGAAGAUGAAUAUCGGCGGCUGAUGAAUCCCAUCCGCACCGCCAAUGCGUUUGGAGUCGAGGAGAUCAUCGAUCCGGCUCAGACUAGGAGGAUUGCGGCCGAGUGGACUAUUCAUGUGUAA